AUGUCCCCCCACAUCCUCUCCCUCCCCGCCGAACUCCUCAGCCAAAUCCUAACCUCCCUCCCCCUCCCCUCCCUCCUCCGCUUCUCAGAAACCUGCCGUUCAGCCCGCACCCUCGCAAACGCAAACCUACAAUCCCUCUCUCUGGGAAUAUCUCCUCUCCCCUCCCCUUACACCUUCUCCCCCUCAAAACAUCCCCUCUCCCCCUCCCAACCCUCCCAGCCCACGCACCCCCACGACCGCUGGCUCACAAUCCCAAACAUAACAACCUACCCCUACACCACACUCUCAAACUUCCAGUCCGCCCUCAUCACCAGCAUCCUAACCCGGCACCACCCCCUCCUCCAACACAUCGACAUCACAAUCUGGACAAUGAGCACCCACAUGGCGCACGCCCUGCGCAACCUCUCCGCCCUCCAGCGCCUCUCGCUCCGCUUCGAGGCGGGGAACCCCGGCCGCGCCGUGUCGCGUGCGCAGAUGGCGCUGGAGCGCGACGAGCAAAGGAAGGCGUGGUGUGUACUUGCGGCGGACCCGCCGAGUUGGAGUCGCAGACUCCUCAAGUUGAGGGUUGAGGGCGCGGUGGUGAGUGCGAGGCAGGUUGCGGUAUUGUUGGCGGAGAGUAGGGGGUGUGAAGAGGUGGUGCUGGAGCGGUGUGGUGGGGUUGGAAGCGAGAUUUGGAUGUUCCUGGGGGUUUGGUGUGGGAGGGAGAGGGUUAGGAGGGUGGAGUUUGGGGAGUGUGGGGGGGUUAUUGGGGAGGCGGCUUUGGGGGUUAUUGGAGGUAUGGUGGGAUUGGAGCAUCUUAACCUUUAUGAUUGCCAAGAAGAACUUGCGCCGGGGACGCUGGAGAGAUGGAACGAGGAGGUUUGGCGGAUACCGGAUUUUGUGGCACCCAGGCCGAGUGCGUUUGGGGCGGAUAUGGUGAUUGAGGUUGAUCCGGAGUAUGUGUCUUAG